UCUCUAAAUGUCAAAAGUCGGCCGACGGCGACGUGUUUUUGUGGUGGGGAAUAUUUACGUGAAAAUGUAUGAAGGUGAUGUGGAACGCAAUCAGUAUACACUUUCUAAUCGUGGUGAUCGGUCUCGAUAAGAUAUAGUUCUUUUGCCGCGCAUCAAAAAAUGUCGUUCGAAAAUCUUAAGGAUUAUGUGAGUGCCCAUGGUCAAGAACACCUUAUCAAGUAUUGGCCGGAACUUAAUGAUAAUGAGCGGGAACAGUUGGCGGGAGAGAUCCGGAAGUUAGAUCUGGCGGAAAUGAAUGAAACUUUCCACAGAGCGAACGAAACUCCAAAAGUAAUAUUGGAAAAAUUAGAUGACGAAUUAAAACCUAUUCCACAAACACACUAUGAAGCUGUUCCCAGCUUAACUGAGGAAAAAAUUAUGGAGUAUGAAAAUAUAGGUUUACAAGAGAUUUCUGAUGGAAAAGUUGGUGUAUUGCUUCUCGCGGGCGGGCAAGCUACAAGGCUUGGAUUUGGACACCCUAAAGGCAUGUAUGAUGUUGGUUUACCAUCACACAAAACCCUGUUUCAAAUCCAAGCAGAAAGAAUUCUUCGUGUGCAGCAAAUGGCAGAAGAAAAAACAGGCAAAUUUGGUAAUAUUACUUGGUAUAUUAUGACUUCUGAGCAUACAAAAGCUCCUACAGCGAAAUACUUCAAAGAUCAUUCCUUCUUUGGCUUAAAUGAAGGAAACAUAGUAUACUUUAAGCAGGGUACACUUCCCUGUUUUGAUUUUGAAGGAAAAAUUCUACUUGAUGAAAAACAUCAUAUUGCCUCUGCUCCAGAUGGAAAUGGAGGCCUUUACCAUGCAUUGAAAAGUCAAGGCAUUCUAGAAGAUAUCAAAAAGCGUGGUAUCCAGCACUUACAUGGUCACUCUGUAGAUAACAUUCUAAUUAAAGUGGCAGAUCCAGUAUUUAUUGGUUAUUGUAAGAGUAAAAAUGCUGAUUGUGCUGCUAAAGUUGUUCAGAAAUCUUCACCAAGUGAAGCAGUUGGUGUGGUAUGUAGAGUGAAUGGACAUUAUAAAGUGGUGGAAUACUCUGAGUUGACUGAUGAAGCUGCAAACAGACGAAACCAGGAUGGACGCCUAACAUUCUCUGCUGGAAACAUAUGCAACCAUUAUUUCUCAGCUGAUUUUCUUCUAAAAAUUUCAGACUUUGAACGGAAACUAAAGCUCCAUGUUGCAAAAAAGAAAAUACCAUAUGUUAAUGAUGGAAUAAAAAUAAAACCAACUGAACCAAACGGUAUUAAAAUGGAAAAGUUCAUAUUUGAUGUGUUUGAAUUUGCUGAGAAUUUCAUUUGCUUAGAAGUGGCUAGAGAUGUUGAAUUUUCAGCUUUGAAAAAUGCAGAUUCAGCAAAGAAAGAUUGCCCAUCAACUGCUCGGGAAGACUUAUUGACGCUUCACAGGAAAUAUAUCAGGGAAGCAGGUGGGAUUAUAACUGAUGAUAUUGACGUUGAAAUUUCUCCCCUACUUUCCUAUGGAGGAGAAAAUUUGAGGGAGUUUGUUGAAAAUGAAGUGUUCACAAUUUCACCAUUCCAUUUAAGCGGUAUUCAUGAAAGUAAUGGUUAUCGAAACGGCAAUCAUUAAUCAGAUUAUAAUCUGAUAAAUAUCAUUAUCAGUAUACACACUUGAAAAAUUAAUUAUAUUAAAACUCCUUUGAUUUUAUACAGAACAGGUUCAUAAUUCCUCAAAAUUUAAAAAGUUUGUUUAAAAACAUUUUAAUAUUAAUUCCAAUUGAAUCAGUCUAUAUGACUGAUUUACAAAAUCAUUGUAAUUGAAACGCCUUUAAAAAAUGUAAAUAUAAGUUCAGAAAAGCUUGCCUUAGCAUUUAGUAAACAAAAAUUUAGGCGGGAAAACUGCAUACUGCCAUUAAGAUAAUGUCAAUGUCAUUUACUAACAAGCAAUAAUGUUUUCUAUAAUUAAUGACCUACGAUUAUUAAUCUACAAUUCGUAGAAAUUACGAUUGGUUAAAGACUAGCCGAUCUUUAGUUUAUUCUACGUAUAUUAUACCGAAAGAUAUUUAUCUACCGUUCUAUUUAUGUUCUCUACAAUUUUUAUAGUAUUUAUAAUUAAUAUCUUUACCUGAAUCAUACGAGAAUCUAUAUACUAGACGAUUAAUACGGAAACUAUUCUUAGGGAUUCGUUUUAAGGGAUCGAUCCAACGAUGUUCACUUUUGUAAGUGUAUCAAUAAUUAGAAAAUUUAUUAAAAAGUUAUGGUAAAAAUACGGAUCCGUGUGCUAUGAAGUCAAAAAUACUGUGUUUAACAUAGGUUAUAUGAUUUUUUCUGUGCUAUUAAAUUUCUUCAAAAUUUCUAGUCAACGGUCAUAAUCACAAUGAAUUUAUUAUGUACAUAUGUAAUAUACGUUUUUAGUAUUUAUAGAAACGCUAGUAAUUUGUAUGGUAUAUAUUUGUUUAAUAUACCGGGAGUAAAAUAAAUAUAAUACUACCAUCACGAAUAAUAGUUCGUCAAUUGUUGAUUGGCAAAAAAUUUCAAAAUAUGUCAACAUUUUUCAGUCAUAAUAUAGCUCCACUAAUCAGACAAUAUAAACGGUAUUAGUUUCGUAGAAAAAAAUACUCGCAGAUUCAAUUUGUUAUCUAUUGCCAAAAAGAAAA